AUGUGGGUGAAGAAAAUGGAGAUGGUAAGGCGGCGCGACGCCGUCAUUGCGGACCUGUGUCUGUUUUGCUUGGAUGGGCCGGACUGCGGGACGGCGUUUGAAGUGGCCCACGCUGCCGCCCUGGGAAAGAGGGAGCUGACAUUUACUUUCGAUUGGCGUUCCAUGAGGGAGAAGUACGGCGGCGCGUGUGACGCGUCUGUGAUGAGUGUGGAGGACUUUGGCCUUUCAUUCAGUCUGAUGCACUGCGACGGUGCGGAGGCGUUCGACUCCUUCGACGCUGCCCUUCACUACUUUCUGAGGCACAGCUCGGAAUGGCGAGGAUGCGACUAUGGGGGAUGUGUGCGAAGUUAG